UCAGAAGACUAUUUUUGUGUAUGUUGGAAACUGAAAUCUACUUUUAUAGUAGAAGCCUAAUACUUUUAGCUUCAUUGCUGAUUCCUGAAAAUGUGAAUUUUCUUUUUUUUUUCCUCUCCUAUUUAAAUUCACUUAGAGUUAUGUGGGUUUAUUCCCUGCCUAUGAGUGGUAUGUUUCCUCUAUGUGGAGGAGGAUUUUGAUAACUGAACAAAAUGAGUGAUUGUCUUGUUAGGAAAGUUUGACUACAUCUUAAACUAAAAUAACUGUAACUAACCAAUCUUUGAAAGUUGGUUUAGAUUUACACUUGAGCAAGACUAGUGUUUUGAGAUGGAAUGUUUUGGGAGACAAAGCAGGAAUAUUGGUAUGUAGUCUGUUCGUCUUCUAAUAAAGACAAGAAUAGUCUUAUUGAUGAAAUUACAGCUUGAGGGUAAAGGGAGAGGGUUGCAGUGGCAGAGCAAGGUUCAAUCUUGAUUAUUUGUGUGCCUCACUGGCACUAAUUGGUAGUCUAAUAGCAUGGUUUCCUCUUUGGAGUAAACAUAAACUGAGUUAUUUAUGAAUUCAGAUAUUGCAGAUGCGUCCAGGCUUCAGCAGCCACUUUCUGCACUGUAAAAUGUUAAGGUUUUUAUUAAUGAAAAUGAGAGGAUAGGACCAUCAUUUCUCACUAUACAUACGUGUAUAUAUUUAUACUCAUUAGGUUCACUUAAACUGGCUUUUAGGACAGCAUCUUUGUCUCCCAAACAUCCACCUUGCGUUCUGCAAGGUGAUCAGAAGUUAGGUGUCUGCAGUGGACUGAAUUUGCUGUUGAGUAAGAAGUUUGGUCCCUGUCCUGGCACAACUGGUCCCUGUUUUGGCUGUCCUCUGUACCAUGCUCUUACUUACAUGAGAGCCUGUAAUCAGUUCUGCAUUCUAUGCUUAAACUGGCUUUCCUCUUUUGAUAUCUAUCUUCACUUCCUCUUUUUUGGACUAUAUCUUAGGCAAUGUCUAUGUAAGUGAGCUGAAACCUGUUAAAACUUAACCACACCCACUGAGUCAUGCCAUAGGAUUUUUCCUAUGAGACUAAUGUCAAAGAUGUUUUGGGCUUUCUGGUAACAAAGGAAGUAGCUGUCCUCCACCCAAUAAAGAGGGGAGUUUGGAGGGGAGCAAAGAGAGGGAGUAGGACUUAAAAUAACUAAUAAUGAUGAUGUAUAUUUUUUUCCUCUGCUGCAUCAGAAUCUUUUGAAACAUCCUUCUCCUAAAAGGUGUCUAUUCGGCUUUAGGAAGGUGAAUUAGUUUCAUCAAUCUCCAAUAAGUUGUCAAAUAUCACAUUCUUCCUUGUUGGGCUGUUGAUGGAAGUAAGUGGUGUGACUUUUUUAUUUUUCUUUUAAGAAAAAGUAUAAACCAAUGAAGGCCUUUUUCUCUGACCCAAGCAGAACAACAGAGGCGCAGCAGAACUAAAGAGAACUAGCCAGUGUCUUCCAUCAGCACCAUGAUAUUUAAUGCCUGACAGCAUUCUUAGCACAGAAAUGUCUGUUGUUACAAAACCCAAAGCUUGGUGACUCAUAUGUGGUGCUCUGCUUGGCUGCAUAUCAAAGCAGCUGUACCUGAGCAAGCAAAUUUGACCUGGGUACACUUGCAGCAAUUGUACUGUACCUUAGUCCUCCUCUUCUUUUGGGACUAAUACUUAAAAUUCCUGAUAGAACUGAAUAUUGCUGCUGUAGGAACUGCUAUAAACAUAUGCAAACCUAGUAAACCUCAGUUAUAGCUUCUGUCAAAUCCUACAUGGUCAUUAAUGGUCUGAAUUUUGUCUCUGCAUCAGAAUAGCUUUUGAGAAGUUCUGCUGUGCUGCAGUCCACUUUCCUGCUGCACAUCUUACAGCUCUUGUGGUUCUAUUUGCCUUCUAGAUCUCUAUCUCUUGAUCUUGAACUUGGAGUACAUUCCCCUUUACAGGUGCUGCGUGCAGCAAAGAUGUGGGUGAAAUUUUGAUUGUACUGAAUCUGAAAGUUAUGCACAAGGAAUGGGUUGUGGUGCAAAGGGGAUAACCUCACAGAAGUGUAAAAUAAUAAACAUCACAAGCUCUAUGGUCAAACUUCAGAUACCUAGUCCUCAAUUUACAUGAAAUGCUUUUAAAAUACCAAAAAAUACUUGCUCAUGAUAAAAAACAAGUGUAGAAGAGAAAAAAAACCAAAGCAUUAAAUUCCAAGCAAUAUGUGGGAAGUUCAGCCCUGUAUUUAGUCUUCUAAAAGUCUAAUCGAAGUCUAAACUAUAAAUAAUGGAGGGUGGAAAUACUGUUUAAACAAACAGGGUAAUUCAACUUUGUCCUUCUGUGGCUGCAUUUUUACAUAUGGGAAAAUGGAGCUUGUUUAACCAGCUUGUUUAUCAAACAGCCUAAGCCACUGCUGGAGAACUAGACUGCCCUGAAUUUGUCUGUGUGGUGAAGUCUGUAGGGACAGAUACAAUUUACUGUCUUAUGCUAAAAGCUUACUGAUUUCAUGUUUCAGAAAGAAACACACCUAUCUGCUAUAACUUUCUCUGCUACUAACUUCUUAGAAGUGUUCAAAGUAUACUAUUUGAGAAAAAAAACCAAAACCAACCCAAACCUGGAUGUGGAAAAUUCAACUAUAUGAAAGAAGAAAAAUUUAAUUAGUCCAGAAUAUCGUACCUAUUGUUGGAAGUAGGUAUGUAUACAACUUGAUAAGAGGCUCUCUUUUUGUUUUUGAUAACCCAGUUUCAUUUGCAGCAAGGUUUUAUGAUAAAAAGAUGCAAAUCUUCCUAGUUGCAAACUGUUGCACUGAUACCCUUACUGUUGUUAUUCUCUACAGAAAGAAAUCCAAGUUGAAUAUGCUGCUAGACUGACUUAGCAUGAAGGCAGCUGCUCCCAUGUUGCAUAUCAGUUGUAAGCCUGGGCAAAUACAGAAAUCUCUUAGUAAAGAAGACAAACUGGAACAGAGAGAACACAAACAUUGAGUAGGAGCAAAAUUCUUUCUCGAGCCAAACUGGAAAUUUUCUGAUGAAAAUUAAACACACAGAGGGAAAAAAAAAUAUUUUGUUUGAGUCAGUCCAAAAUUUUGAACAACACAUCAUUAAUGCAGUUUUUGAAGACAGGAAGCUAGUGUAUCCUCUUCUCUUUUUGUCCAUUAAAAGGAUUUUUUUUUUCAGACCAUGAGUUAAUGGUCUUAGACAAAUUUGUUAAAGCACUGAAAUUAUGUUUUAUAGUACUUAGAAAAUAAACAUAUUUCUUUUUCUCUGAAACUGCAUUGAAUUCAGCAUUUCUAUGCAAAUAGUUUUGAGUCCUGCUAACUAAUUGGUUUUGGCAAACAUUGACUGAAGAAACACUCAGUUCUAACAAAGGACACGUGCUUUUCUCCUAGGAAAAAAAUACAGGUUUAAAACUUGUGAAUGUAUUUAGGUUUAAAUCAACAUGAUUAUCUGUCUUCUUGAACCCUGUAGUGCCAGGGAAAUAUGAAACACCCUUCUGAGUUCUUACUACCUUUUAGUGUGUUUAUGAACACAAAAGUCACACAGCCUGCCUUCCCUUAACAGAAUGUGUUCUUGUGAGGGCUGUCACCAAAACAUACACAUCUUCCUUUUGUAUAAAUUGCUAUCUGAAAGAAAGCCAAAGUUUCUCUGCCAUCUUUUCUUUUUGCCUGCUGAUGUGGUUUUUGGUGUGGCACACCUACUUUAAACUUCUAAAAUGAGCUAUUUCACAGAUUAACCUUUCUUGGCUUUAGGGCCUACUUGCAGAAGUGAAGAUGGUUUCUGCUCCCAGUUCUGCCUGGAAGAUUUGGUUGGAACACCCACAUCCUGUGUUUAAGAAAAUUUCUUACAGAGAAUAUGAAGGGGAUUUUAAAAAAGAAAAGCCAGCAAAUACAUUUGCAGGACUUCUGGGACCAACUCUGCGUGCUGAAGUGGGAGAUACUCUAGUAGUUCACCUUAAAAAUAUGGCUGACAAGCCAGUCAGUAUUCAUCCCCAAGGCCUAGUUUACAGCAAACAUGAAGAAGGCUCCCUGUAUGAUGACAGAACAUCAUCUGCAGAAAAACGAGAUGAUGCCGUACUUCCAGGCCAGGUCUAUACAUAUGUGUGGGAUAUAUCAGAAGAAGUUGGUCCAAGAGAAGCUGACCUUCCUUGUCUUACUUAUGCUUAUUAUUCUCAUGUGAACAUGGCAAUGGAUUUUAACUCUGGUUUGAUUGGAGCACUGCUUAUCUGUAAGAAAGGAAGCCUAAAUGAGGAUGGGUCACAGAAACUUUUUGACAGGGAGUAUGUACUGAUGUUUGGUGUGUUUGAUGAAAACAAGAGUUGGCAAGGAUCAGCAUCAGUCAAGUACACAAUUAAUGGCUAUACUGAUGGAACUUUACCAGAUUUAGAGGCUUGUGCUUAUGACAACAUUAGCUGGCACUUGAUAGGAAUGAGUUCCAAGCCAGAAAUUUUCUCCAUUCAUAUCAAUGGCCAGUCCAUGGAGCAAAGACAUCACCGAGUUUCUACCAUUAACCUGGUGGGAGGAGCAUCAACCACAGUAAACAUGACAGUGACUGAGGAAGGAAGGUGGCUCAUAUCUUCUCUUGUCCAAAAGCACCUGCAAGCUGGAAUGCAUGGUUACCUCACUGUAAGAGAUUGUGGGGACAAAGAGGUGAAGAGGAGUCAGCUCUCCUAUAAAGAACGUCUUAUGGUCAAAAACUGGGAAUAUUUCAUUGCUGCAGAAGAAGUUACUUGGGAUUAUGCCCCAACUAUUCCAGCCAGCCUUGAUAGACACUAUAAAACACAACACUUGGACAACUUCUCAAAUCUCAUAGGUAAAAGGUAUAAAAAGGCUAUUUUUAGGCAAUACACUGAUGCCACCUUCACAAAACGUCUGGAAAAUCCCCGCCCAAAGGAAACUGGGAUCUUGGGCCCUGUUAUCAGAGCUCAACUUAAUGACAAAGUCAAAGUCGUAUUCAAAAAUAAGGCCAGUCGACCCUACAGCAUUUAUUUCCAUGGAGUGACACUUUCAAAGAAUGCAGAAGGAGCUGAUUAUCCUCUGGACCACACAAGCAAUGGCACCCAGAGUAGAGGAGUUGAACCAGGGAAGACGUACACUUACGAAUGGAAAAUCUCUAAAACGGACCAACCCACUCGACAGGAUGCUCAAUGUAUUACAAGGCUAUAUCAUAGUGCUGUAAAUAUUGAGAGAGAUAUAGCCUCUGGGCUGAUUGGCCCACUGCUGAUUUGCAAAAGUGAAGCACUGACGCAGAAGGGUGUGCAGAAAAAGGCAGAUGGAGAGCAGCAGGCAAUGUUUGCUGUGUUCGAUGAAAAUAAGAGCUGGUACCUAGAGGAUAACAUCAAGGAGUAUUGCAGCAACCCAGCCAGUGUUAAAAGGGAUGAUCCCAAGUUCUAUAACUCAAACGUAAUGCACACAAUAAAUGGCUAUGUGUCUGACAGCAGUGAAAUUCUUGGAUUUUGCCAAGAUACUGUGGUUCAGUGGCACUUUUCCAGUGUUGGCACUCAUGAUGAGAUUGUCUCUGUUCGCCUUUCUGGACACUCUUUUCUGUAUCGAGGGAAAUAUGAAGAUACAUUGAACCUUUUCCCGAUGAGUGGAGAAUCAGUCACAGUGGAAAUGGACAAUGGUGGUACUUGGCUUUUAGCGUCCUGGGGUACCUCAGAGAUGAGUUACGGCAUGCGGCUGAGGUUCAGAGAUGCCAGAUGUGAAUAUGAGGAAGAUUACACGUUUGAUGUUGUGGAUUUCACUCACAUCAAGACUGAAAAAAAGGCUGUUUCUGCCUCAGUUGAGGAAGAUGUGCAAGAAGAAGAGGAAGAUCCAGAGGACUUGGAUUAUCAGGAAUACCUGGCUUCUCUUUACUCCAUCCGAAGCUCAAGGAAGCCAGCAGAUGACGAAGAAAAAGAAAACCUUACAGCACUAGCCUGGGAUCAGUAUGAAGGCACUGAUGCCACGAGUUCUGAGAUGGCAGCUGGCUCCGGUCUGACAACUAUAAAUAGUAGUGAAUCAACACGCAACUCUAAAUUCUUAGAAACUCAUAUCACCCCUCUUCCCCUAAUCAAGGCUGAAACAUUCCAGUCAAAUCACACAUCAAUCGCAGCAGAAGAGGCUUUAUUUUUAGCUACCACAAGUGAUGAAACGGCUGACUUGGUAUUUGAGAAUAGAAGCCAAAGCAAUUAUGAAAUAGCUCACGGUGACAUGUCUGCAGGUGAACACUUGCUGAGCAAUGGGGAAGGCCCAAUGAAUGUUGCAGAAGAGCUUCCAGCUGGUGGAAAGGACAGUAAAUUUUUUUCAGAAGAAGAUCAGGUGGAAACCACAGAAAGAGGAAAUUAUAACAUUAACAGGAAAAGACGAAGCUCAUUGGCCAUGAAGUUUUACUCUGUCCAAAAAAUGAAUGCCCUUCUAAAUCACGUACGAAAUAAAAAUGUCUCAUUUUUUGACAAGACUAGUGCACCUCCUUCUGUGAAUCACACAGGGAACACCUCCAAUAUAGCCAUGGUGGGAUCUGCCCAGUUUCUGAAUGAUUAUGGUGAUGAACUGGUAGAUGAGGAAAACAAGAUGGAAAAUGCUGUGCGUGCAGUUAACUUGACACUUGCUUUGGACCUCAUAGCAGGAGAUGAGUCUAAUGCAUCCAACCUUUAUGAACCCAAGAUAUCUAAAGAUCAACUAGCAGAUGCUUUAUCUUUAGAUCAUAUUUUAGGUGAUACAAGCCCUAAUUCCAGCCCUGCAGUAGUGAAGAACUUAGAAGAGUCACUGCCCAGAGUAGGGAAAUAUUCAUCUAAAAUGACUAGUGAGGAAUGGAAUUUGGUGUCUGCAAAGAGUAAUCUGGGAGAAGAGGCAAAUUUAGAUAAAUCUGUUGGCAGUAAGUUAAAUCAUCAUGGCAGAAAUGGUACAGCAUUCAUAAAUAAGGAGGAUAUGAAGAAGUAUCAAGAGUUCUCACAUCUAGUGGGGGAAAACCAGAAAGGGAGCCACAUGCACCCAACUCAGAAAGGAAAGGAAGAAAACAAGAAUGAUACUUUAAGUACGUCUGGAACCUCCAUCAAGAUCCGAAGGAAAAAGAAGGAAGAUCCAAAAAUGAUCCACUCGCUGGGCCCAAGGAGUAAAAACUCCCAAACAGUCACCAAUUCUUUGGCAGGGGUGUUUCCGGGUGAGACCAACCACACAGCACCGCCGUGCUGCACUAACACCACAGGGGCACCCAGUGAGGCCAACCAUGCAAUGGAUCUGAGUAGAGCCAGGCACAGAGAGCUGCAAAAUUACACACUCACCCCACGGCAGCUUAGGCCAUCGAUCACAAUUGGGCUUCCCAAAGAAAAUGGAGACUACGAGAUUCUCACGGGAGAAUCUGACAGGGAGGAAACAUCAGGUGUUGAAUACGAGUACCAUUAUGUGAACGUGGAUGACCCAUACAUGACAGACCCCAAGCUGAAUAUCAACGAGCAACGUAACCCAGAGAACAUUGCUGAACAUUACCUGCGCAGCAGAGGGAAUGAGAGGAGAUACUAUAUUGCAGCUGAAGAGGUCUGCUGGAACUAUGCAGGAUAUAAAAAAAGUCCAAUGAUGAGUGACAAAACCUGUAAAGAUGGCACCAGAUAUAAGGUGAUUUUCCAAAGCUAUACAGACAGUACCUUUACGACUCUUCAGGAUGAAGAUGAAUACACAGAACACCUUGGCAUCCUGGGGCCAGUUAUCCGAGCUGAAGUGGACGACGUUAUCCUAGUUCACUUUAAGAAUCUGGCAUCCAGACCAUAUUCCCUCCAUGCUCAUGGACUUCUCUAUGAGAAGUCCUCUGAGGGAAGCAUUUAUGAUGACGAAUCUACUGCUUGGUUUAAGGAAGAUGAUGAAGUCCAGCCAAAUAACAGCUACAUAUAUGUAUGGUAUGCAAACAGGCGAUCGGGGCCUGUGCAGUCAGGAGCAGCUUGUCGGUCAUGGAUCUACUACUCGGAUUUAAAUAUGGAGAAAGAUAUUCACUCUGGUUUGAUUGGGCCGAUACUGAUCUGUCAAAAAGGAACCUUCAGCAAAUCAAACAGCAGCGGGACAUCUACCCGAGACUUUUUCUUGCUUUUUAUGGUCUUCGAUGAAGAGAAAAGCUGGUACUUCGACAAACGUGCUAGAAGGCCUUGUAGUGAGAAGACACAAGGAAUGGAGCAAUGCCACAAAUUUUAUGCCAUUAAUGGGAUUACCCACAAUUUGCAAGGCUUGAGGAUGUAUGAAGGUGAACGGGUCCGAUGGCAUUUGCUGAACAUGGGUGGUCCAAAAGACAUUCAUGUUGUUCAUUUUCAUGGUCAGACUUUCAUAGAACAGGGAGAGCCAGAGCAUCAGCUUGGUACAUACACACUCCUUCCAGGUUCAUUUAGAACAAUUGAAAUGAAGCCACAGAGGCCUGGCUGGUGGCUUUUAGACACUGAAGUGGGGGAAUAUCAGCAAGCAGGAAUGCAGACAUCCUAUUUGGUUAUAGAGAAAGAGUGCAGGAUUCCAAUGGGUCUGGCAAGUGGAGUUAUACUCGAUUCACAGAUUGAAGCUUCAGAUCACAUAGACUAUUGGGAACCUAAAUUAGCCCGAUUAGACAAUUCUGGGACAUACAAUGCUUGGAGUACUACAAUGAAGGAAGAAAAACUCUCUUGGAUCCAGGUGGACUUUCAAAGACAAGUUUUGUUAACUGGGAUACAGACACAGGGAGCCAAGCAGUUUUUAAGGUCCUUGUACAUCCAGAAGUUUUUUCUUGUUUACAGCAAAGACAAACGGACGUGGAACACCUUCAAAGGAGACAGCUCACCAGUACAAAAGAUUUUUGAAGGUAAUUCCAAUGCCUAUGAGGUAAAAGAGAACAUCAUUGAUCCCCCUAUUAUUGCCAGGUACAUCAGACUCUACCCCACUGAGGUCUACAACAGGCCUACUCUUCGCAUGGAGCUUCUGGGCUGUGAAGUAGAUGGUUGCUCUUUGCCACUUGGAAUGGAAAAUGGAGAGAUCAAGAAUAGCCAGAUAACAGCCUCGUCUGCUAAGACAUCCUGGUUUAACACAUGGGACCCUUCACUUGCUCGUCUCAAUCAGAAAGGAAAGAUGAAUGCCUGGCGAGCCAAGUUUAACAACAACCAACAGUGGCUGCAAAUUGAUCUCCUCACAGUUAAGAAGAUAACUGCUAUUGCCACCCAGGGGGUCACGUCCAUGUCUACUGAAAACUUUGUGAAAACCUAUGUUAUCCUAUACAGCAACGAAGGCUCAGAGUGGAAAUCCUACACAGAAGGUUCAAGCUCAGUCGCAAAGGUUUUCUUGGGUAAUGAAAACAGCAACGGGCACGUCAAGCAUUUCUUUAACCCACCCAUCCUGUCCAGGUUUAUCCGCAUUGUUCCAAGAACAUGGUAUCGUGGCAUUGCCCUUCGGGUAGAACUCUAUGGCUGUGAUUUUGGUGGGGGUCUGGCUGUGAAAAGGACUGGCGAGUCUGGGAGCUCUUAACCUUUCAGCAGUCGUCACGCAGAGCAUGUUUUUUUGAAAAACCCUUUAAACAGUCAUGCAUAGUAGUUUGAAUGUUACAUCAUCAAAGAACCUUGAUGUUUUGCCAGCGGGAAUUGAAAGAGAUUUCUCUGGUAGAUGUUUCAUUCCUACAAACACACACUUUAGAAAACAGCUUCUUUUCUCUGGGAAGAAAUAAAGGUCCCUUCUGAUUUGUA